AGAUCCGGUUAAGAGGAAAAUUCAUUGCAAAAAAACUAUCAAAUAGAAUUUUACAUAUUUUAUUUGUUUUCUUCUAGAACGUACCACCACCAGGUCCUCAACAACAUCAAGUACAAAUUCAACAUCAACAACAACCAGUAGUAGUUUGA